AUGCAGGGCGUGCCCCUGGAGGUGCUGUGGUGCCAGUGCCAGGGCAACGUGAGCGCGACGCCCCACCAGCUCGUGCUACAGCAGCAGGUGCGGGCGAUGCACGGCGAGGCGCAGCACCACGCCCUCACCUACGUGGGCGUGGUGCUCCUGCUGUAUCUGCUCGCCCUCGCCCUAAUCAUCUCCCGCUCGCAGCCCUCCGAGCGCUCCACGGCCGCCUCCGCCUUCGCCUUCUGCUGGGCGCGGCUGAGGGCGUCCUUGCUCCGCCGCGGCGCCCGGGGGGAGCGGCGCCGGCCUCGGGCUCCCCUGAGGGCGCGCCACGGCCUCUCCUCCGGCCCCGAGUCCACUUCCGACGGGAGCGGGGCUCAGGCGCGGCUGCCGGAGGCCCUCCCGAAGGCGGAGCCUGACGCAGGCGGGGCGGCGGCGGUGUAG